CAGAUCCAGCUCAGACAGAUCCAGCUCAGACAGAUCCAGCUCAGACAGAUCCAGCUCAUGAGCUCCAUCUGCAGCAGAUUGUGUGUGUAUGUGUGUGUGUCAACCCUAUUUAUGUGUGAAUAUGUGUGCGUGUGCCCAAUAGUGUGUGUACCUAUUAAUGAGUGUAAAUUACUGUGUCUCAGGACUCCCUGGCAGCAGAGAUUGAGGGCACCAUGAUGAGAGAGCUGAGUGUCGAGGACGAGGUGGCUUUCCAGGACCAGAAAGUUUCCCAGAAGAAGGUGUUUCAGACUGUACGCGUGGUCAACGAGUCGGUAGAGCGAGCUGCGGCGAUGGCCACGCCCCCUAUCCCUGGCUCAGGAGGCAGCUGCCUGGUGAUGACGGCCCAGCCCUUCCUGUCCGCACAGGGGAUCGACCAAUCCCACGGCCGCGCCAAUAGGGAGGAGGUCCCGCUUGGCAAGCCUGGCGCACCAGGAGGAAAUGACCUCGUGUCGGCGCUGCACCGCCUCUCCCUGCGGCGGCAGAAUUUCCUGUGCGAGCGGCAGUUCUUCCAGGCGGAACGCGAAAAGAAGCUGGAGGCCCUGGCUGGGGGAGUGGAAUCGGAUGUGGAGGGGAGUGGCUACAGCUCACCAAUGAGCAGCGUCAUGUCAUCCUUCACCAACCUAUCAGAGUUCUCGGUCUCGUCCAGCUGUUUUAAGACCUUCCUGCCUGAGAAGCUGCAGAUUGUCAAGCCCAUGGAGGGCUCUCUGACUCUGCACCACUGGCAGCAGCUGGCCAUGCCCCACCUGGGCACCAUCCUGGACCCCCACCCGGGCGUGGUCACCAAGGGCUUUCGGCCCCUCCCCCAUGAUGCUCUCGCCGACACCGUCUACCGCCUCACCGACCUGGAGGAAGACGAAGAGGGAGGCGACGAAGAACAGAAAUAUGACAUGAGAGGAAACCGAGUGAAGGAAGGGACAGACGCCUGGGAGAAGAAGGGAGAGGAGGAGGAACGAGGGAUCACCUUCAAGGUGCAGUACUCAUCAACACCGGAGGAGAACAGGGAAAGGAUUAGGGAGCGUUUGCUGUUGAACGGGCCACCGGUGUCUCCCAUUUCUCCUGUUUUCGUACCAGUACCAGGCUCUCCACAGCUCCCUCUAAUCCCGAUCACCUGUGACCUCCCUAUGACCUCUAAUUCCCCCUGUGACAUCAUCAGUGUCCCGUCCCUCUUGGCUCUGCCCGCCAGUGUAACGUCCAUGGCUCCUGUCCAAUCCCAGAGCCUGACUGUCACCAGUCUUACUACUACAACGUCCUCGUCAGUUUAUAACCCGGGGAAAUGUCAGAGUUCAACGUCUUCCACCUACACCUUUACAACCUGCCGCAUCCUGCACCCCUCUGACAUCACCCAGGUCACCUCCAGUUCCCACUGUCAGUCUUCUGUCUCAGAGUACACUCCCAGCUCCAUGAGGACAGGCCCCAGCACCCCGGUGACUCCCUGCAGGCUGAGUUUGGGGGUGGACUCCUUCCCCCCUCGCCGUCCCUCCGCCCCCUGUGGCCUGGCCAAGCUGGUCCUGGAGAGGGGCAUCUCUGCUUCUCUCUCCACCGCCGAUGCCCCCCCUCCCUCUCACCUUAAAGCCCCACUCCCCCAGCGUCUCCUCCCCAGCACGCCCCCCAACUCCCCGUCCCACUCGCCGACCCCCUCGCCUGUGCCCUUUGAGUCCCGUGCCCCGGCGCCAGCCACCUGUGACAACUUCCUGGCGUCGCGUCCGGCUGAGCUCUUCCUCCAGGACGUGUAUGGGCUGAAGUUUGGCCGCACCCAUCGCCCCAACCUCCCCAGCCCCGACCCCGCCUCACAUAGCUUCAGCCACGGCCCCAGAAUCAAAUCCAAAGCCAAGCCCGACCCCAUCAAUGUAAACUUAGUCGAGAGGCUACGCCGGCUGGGAUUGGUCAAGGUUCCCCAGGGGGUGGAGCCGUUGUCAGAGGGCCUGGUGCGUCAGGACUCGGCCACCUUCCUAGCCACAGGCGGAGGCAGCCUAUUGGACGGCCUGCGGCGGAACCAGAGCCUCCCCGCUAUGAGUGGAGUGACGCGGGGAAGCCCCUCCCACCAUCUGGGCCAGGCCCCACCUCAACCACCCACCUCCCUAGCCAUCGACCCGCCCCUCUGGGGCAACCUGAAGGGGCAGCGCUCUGUCCGCUCUAGGCCCGCCUCCACCUCCCAUGCCCCACCCCCUUCACUCAAACCAUGAAGAAGUUACGACACUACAGGGAGACAGGGUUUGGAGGGGAGCCAGAACUGAACAGUAGCAUUUGGGCCCCACACCCUCUCUCCUCUUUCCCCCCUCCAUCCCUCCCUGCCUUGCUCUUUCUCCACAUCUCUUUUUGACUGAUAUUCGGUGAAGAAAAGGGCAACAAGUUGGGGAAAAAGUCCCUCUCCUAUUUUAUAAAUUCUUUUUAAAAGCACAAUAUUGUUAAAAAUGGAAAUGUGCAUUAAUGCCACGGUGUAUAUGGCAUUUUAAAAGCCUUAGAUUGCCUGCAAAGGGAUUUAUUAGCUGUUCCUAGCCUUGCCUGCCUUCCCCCUCCAGCCCUCUAGGAGCGCUGGAGGUAGACGUUCUCCCUGCUCUCUUCUGCUCUGCCCCUGCUACAGUAGUUAUUCAUCUGUGAGGCUCUGGAUGCUCAAAUAGAUGGGAAGAUGACCGAGGGGAUAAGUAAGUUGAUGAGGGCUUGAGAAUGUUAGAGGGAUGGGGAAGAAGAGGUAAAAAGGGGAAGUGGCAGAAUGUGACUUUGGUGUCAAGGAGAGGAAGAACAAGCAAGAGAAAGAGAUGAGGGAGAGGGAGACGAGGAGGACAUGAGGGGGGAUGAGAGAAGAGCAGUGUAAAGAGAAAGAGAUGAGGGAGACGAGGAGGACAGAGAUGAGGGGGGAUGAGAGAAGAGCAGUGUAAAGAGAAAGAGAUGAGAGAGAGGGAGACGAGGAGGACAUGAGGGGGGAUGAGAGAAGAGCAGUGUAAAGAAAAAGACAUGAUAGAGAGGGAGACGAGGAGGACAGAGAUGAGGGGGGAUGAGAGAAGAGCAGUGUAAAGAGAAAGAGAUGAGAGAGAGGGAGACGAGGGAGGACAGAGAUGAGGGGGAUGAGAGAAGAGCAGUGUAAAGAGAAAGAGAUGAGAGAGAGGGAGACGAGGAGGACAGAGAUGAGGGGGGAUGAGAGAAGAGCAGUGUAAAGAGAAAGAGAUGAGAGAGAGGGAAACGAGGAGGACAGAGAUGAGGGGGGAUGAGAGAAGAGCAGUGUAAAGAGAAAGAGAUGAGGGGGAUGAGAGAAGAGCAGUGUAAAGAGAAAGAGAUGAGGGAGACGAGGAGGACAGAGAUGAGGGGGGGAUGAGAGAAGAGCAGUGUAAAGAGAAAGAGAUGAGAGAGAGGGAGACGAGGAGGACAUGAGGGGGAUGAGAGAAGAGCAGUGUAAAGAAAAAGACAUGAUAGAGAGGGAGGGGAGGACAGAGAUGAGGGGGGAUGAGAGAAGAGCAGUGUAAAGAGAAAGAGAUGAGAGAGAGGGAGACGAGGAGGACAGAGAUGAGGGGGGAUGAGAGAAGAGCAGUGUAAAGAGAAAGAGAUGAGAGGGAGACGAGGAGGACAGAGAUGAGGGGGGAUGAGAGAAGAGCAGUGUAAAGAGAAAGAGAUGAGAGAGAGGGAAACGAGGAGGACAGAGAUGAGGGGGGAUGAGAGAAGAGCAGUGUAAAGAGAAAGAGAUGAGGGGGGAUGAGAGAAGAGCAGUGUAAAGAGAAAGAGAUGAGGGAGACGAGGAGGACAGAGAUGAGGGGGGGAUGAGAGAAGAGAAGUGUAAAGAGAAAGAGAUGAGAGAGAGGGAGACGAGGAGGACAU